CAACAACAACCUUGACCGAGGCUUACAAUGGCAAACGGCUGCCUGUGUCUCUGAUGUUGGCUCAAGGAUCCUAAAGGGUACUCGAACACACACCGCCAGCGCACGGGGUCAAGCGAGAGUAAACAGGGCCAGAAACCCACACCCUUUGAAACCCCUGUGAUUGGUAGCCCACGUCUCGUGAUUGUGAACCAUGACCAAGGGAGAGAAGUCCACCCAACCAUGGGGCCAGCCAGAGGCAGAGGGGGAGGCGUGCACUGGCGGUGCUGGGGAAACCUAUGACAACUCACACUAACUGGACCUCUCACUCUCAACCCCUCACUCUCAACCCCUCUGUUCCAUCCAUCCGUUCCAGCCCUGCAAUGAAACCCCCUGUUUCAUCAGCCAUCCAAUGAAAUUCUACGUUACACAAGCGACAUUAUGAAACUCCGUGUCAUCCUCCAAUGAAAUCUUACCUUACUGUUGCUCGAAUCGAAAGUUAAAAUCAAUACAGUAAUCUAAACUAUAAAAAAGAUGCACCAAAAAAGAAGCUGAAAUAACAUCAAAGUCAUAUCGCCAUAGAGGAUUGCCAUUAAAUGUUCACAGGAAAAUAUCACGUAUAAAAAGCACAGACCAUCCGACUCUUGGGGGGAAAUUUCAUUACUAAAGUCAAUUCUGUGUAUCCGUUUAGUAUUCAUAACCUUCAGCCAUCCUUGAUGAAAAUUCAUCCAUUUUUAUAAUAGAAGUCAGCCGUACUAAGCGUAAAGCUAUCAAAUUAAAAAAAAAAAUUCAGCCGUUUUUAUUAAAAGGAUAACAAUUUAUAGUUUUAAAAAAAUCUGUACUGAAGUUCAGAUUUCAGCCGUGUUAAUUAAAAGUUGAGUUCAAAAUGAAUAGCCAGUCACAGGGGGAGAAUAAUCAGCUUUUUCAGCUGAAAAAGCCGAUCCGCGUGACUGGCCCGCCGUACCGUGUAAAAAGUCAGCCUUUUCAAUUAAAGAGCCAAUAUCUCGAAGUGAAAACUCAUCAUUUUGAAAAUCAACCAAUUAAAAGUCAACCACCGCCAAUCCAAAGUCAGCCACCGCCAAUCCAAAGUCAGCCACCGCCAAUCCAAAGUCAGCCACCGCCAAUCAAAAGUCAGCCACCGCCACAGGGGGAGAAUAAUCAGCUUUUUCAGCUGAAAAAGCCGAUCCGCGUGACUGGCCCGCCGUACCGUGUAAAAAGUCAGCCUUUUCAAUUAAAGAGCCAAUAUCUCGAAGUGAAAACUCAUCAUUUUGAAAAUCAACCAAUUAAAAGUCAACCACCGCCAAUCCAAAGUCAGCCACCGCCAAUCCAAAGUCAGCCACCGCCAAUCCAAAGUCAGCAACUGCCAAUCAAAAGUCAGCCACCGCCAAUCAAAAGUCAGCCACCGCCACAGGGGGAGAAUAAUCAGCUUUUUCAGCUGAAAAAGCCGAUCCGCGUGACUGGCCCGCCGUACCGUGUAAAAAGUCAGCAUUUCCAAUUAAAGAGCCAUUAUCUCGAAGUAAAAACUUGUCAUUUUGAAAAUCAACCAAUCAAAAGUCAGCCACCGCCAAUCAAAAGUCAGCUUUUCCGUGUCAAAAGUCAGCCACCGCCAAUCAAAAGUCAGCGACCGCCAAUCAAAAAUCAGCCACCGCCAAUCAAAAGUCAGCCACCGCCAAUCAAAAGUCAGCCACCGCAAAUCGAAAGUCAGCCACCGCAAAUCGAAAGUCAGCCACCGCCAAUCAAAAGUCAGCCACCGCCAAUCAAAAGUCAGCCACCGCAAAUCAAAAGUCAGCCACCGCAAAUCGAAAGUCAGCCACCGCAAAUCGAAAGUCAGCUUUUCCGUGUCAAAAGUCAGCCAUUUCUGGCGAAAAGUCAGCCAUUUCUGGCGAAAAGUCAACCCAGUCUAUUUAAAGGUGAAGCGAGUAAGAGUCCGCCGGUCAAGAGUCAGAAGGUGAAGAGUCAGCCGUUUCAAAUAAAAACUUUGCCGUUCCAAUCAAAACGCCAACUACAUCCGACUCAAAGUCAGGCCUCCCAAAGAGACAAGUCACCGCUUAAAAUGAAAAAGCCAGCUGUUUUAAGCAAAAUGUCAGGCACUCCUAGCCUGAAGUUGGAGAUUCCUCUCGAGGAACCAACCUCCUCAUACGUUGAAACUAUCGAUAUGUAUGAACGAUGAUCCGAUACAAGAAUUUCAGCCCUUUAGGUGGAAAGUCAGCCUUUCAUUUAAAAAAUCAUCCAUUUUGAUUAAAAAUUAGCCAACUUGAGAGUUGCAGAAGUUCCUGGGAUGUCGGAAUAUGAGUUGCAGAAAUUCCUGAGGUGUCGGAAUACGAGUUGCAGAAGUUCCUAGGGUGUCGGAAUACGAGUUGAAGGAGUUGCUGAUGUGCCGGAAUACGAAAUGCGGAAUUUACUGAGGUGUCGGAAUACGAGUCGCAGAAUUUCCUGAGGUGUCGGAAAACGAAAACAAGGGGCGGCUGUCCUACAGGUGGGAGCUCACCCACGUGACCCACAGCUGCACGUGCAUGUGUGUCACGUGGUGUCAACUAAACUGUAUGCCUAAACUUAAAAAACAACUGCUGGAUGGAAUUUCAAGAUGACCUCAGACUGCAAGAUUCCAGACUUUUGCCAGAAUCCGUUACAUUUUAAACAUCCUGACUCUGUAUAUAUCAAAACUACUGCUGACUCUUAAGACUAUUUUGGACCGCAAGAAUCCAGCAUAUACUUAUAAAACUUUAAAUUUCAGACUUUAAGACACUACGUGUAUCAAGACACAUUAAGACAUUUAGACCGCAAGAUCUCCGCAUUUAAGACUAUUGAUGCUGCAAUAAACUUUUAAAAGGUAUUUAAGACUUGACCAAAAAAAUUUUAAAGACUAGUUUUAUCAACAAUAAUUCUUUACACGGAAACUUUACUGUAGUUAAGACACAUUCGUAUCCAGAUAUAAGUAGCGUGCAAGAUUCUCCUCUAUCAGACUCUUAUUAGAUUUAACAAGACGUUUAUAGACUGCAACAUUCUAGUCUCAACGACACUAAGUAUGACAUCCUUGUUUUCAAGAUUUUAUACGAAUGAUUAUAAUUUAAAAAAAAACAUGUAGACUAUUGAUGUAAGUUUUAGGCUAUUAAGUAAACGAAAACAUCUUUGGAUUUCAACAUUCAGCUUAAAGAUACACGUUUUUACAAACCCUUUACAGUACAAGACUUUCGCAUGUCAGGUUCAUGUUUAUCAAGAAAUCUUCUAAGAGCAACAGGUCUUCAUGACACAAGUAUAUCAACAUUCGAGUUCCUUCCCUUUAAAACAUAUUUAUCUACAUCUUUAGAAUUCAUUGCUCCUAGCUUUAAAGUUAAGACAUUAUAAAAAAAAAAACUACAACAACAAAAUUAUUCCUGACAUUAAGACGUUUUUUAAGAAAUCUUAGUACCGUGAUAUAAGAAAGACACUAUAAAUUUUAUUCUGAUAUGAAUCUUAUCACCACAAACGAUCAGCUGUUCAAAGACGCUUUUUUUCUGCACCAAGGCAAAACCCACUGCUUCUUUCGUUUAAAAGCUAUCUAGAAGUAUUAACAUUGUCUAUUUUAUUAAAAGUUUUAUUUGUGUAAUCUACUUGAAAACAAAGCAAUAAAUGUCAGGAUUCUUUAAAUAAAAAUAAUAUAAUAAACAAAUUAAA